CAAAGUUAGCUGAACGCAUCAGCGAACGUAGACAAUUCUGACAGAUACAAGCUCAGCAACAGAAGAGUAGUAGUGAGAGGAAGCGGCCUUAUUUUUAUCCUCCUUGUCCGACAAUAAGAUUGAGUGAGACUGCCUCAGCGGAGUGGAGCCUGCGCACUGCAUCGCCUCUGCUGCUGGGACACGGAGAGGACAUCACGGAAAACUCGCGUUACCGUUGAAAAAUUUUUUCUCUUAUUCCAGUUCCUACCGGACUGUCACCCAGCCGGACUACAGGCCGAGAUGCGUCCAGUGUUUUCCUUUAGGCUGUUGGAGAUUGCUCGGCGUGGUUUAGCCGCAUAAGAUCCGUCUGGAAAUACCGUAUGGAAACAGUAUGCGGGAAAUGGUUGGAGGCUGCUGCGUAUGUUCCGAUGAGCGAGGCUGGGCUGAGAAUCCUCUCGUGUACUGUGAUGGACAUGGGUGCAGUGUCGCCGUGCACCAGGCAUGCUAUGGCAUUGUCCAGGUGCCCACUGGACCUUGGUUCUGCAGGAAAUGUGAGUCCCAGGAGAGAGCGGCCCGUGUGAGAUGUGAGCUUUGCCCCCACAAAGACGGCGCUCUAAAAAGGACUGACAAUGGAGGUUGGGCCCAUGUCGUGUGUGCCCUCUAUAUCCCAGAAGUGCAGUUUGCCAAUGUGUUAACCAUGGAACCCAUAGUCCUUCAGUACGUGCCUCACGAGAGAUACAACAAGACUUGUUACAUCUGUGAGGACCAUGGACGAGAGAGCAAGGCAGCAUGUGGAGCCUGUAUGACUUGCAACCGACAAGGCUGUCGACAGGCCUUUCACGUCACCUGUGCUCAAAUGGCUGGACUCUUGUGUGAGGAAGAGGGACCAGAGGCAGACAAUGUCAAAUACUGCGGCUACUGCAAGUAUCACUACAGCAAAAUGAAGAAGGUACGUCCAGCUGGGGGCAGUGCUGGUGGUUCAUUCUGCCACACCAGGAGCAGCUCCACUUCUCCAUCCCAAGACAAACAAGGCUCCCACCACCACCGGCAGAGGAAGAGCCAUAAGGACAAGUUGAGACAGAAGGAACGACACAAGAAGGCAUCAGAGAGUCUUCCCAGUCUUCCUAACCUGGGUUCCUCUCUGUCUAACACUGUUGACAAGGUGUCCUCAACUCACCAUGGUAUUAAGGACAAUGAUGGGAAGAGCAAGAAACUGGGCAGUCAUGGCCUGGGACAUCGGGGGAAAAAGACAGGUAGUGGGAUCAAGAGUUGCUCCUCCUCCUCCUGUUCCUCUAGCCCUUUCAACACAGGUGCUGGUUCCCUCUCCUCCUCCCAGGACUUACUACACUUUUCCUCUACAUCUCGUCAUGAUCGGGAUCGAGAGAGAGGGAGUGAUCUAGAGCGAGGAGAGGAGCGAGCAGCUGAGGAGCAUGCUGAGAGAGCCAAAGAGGCAGGGGAGGAGGAGGAUGAGGAAGAAGAGGAGGAAGAAAAAUAUUUAAAGCCACCCCCACUGCCUCCAGCUCUUACCCCUGCUGAUGCCCCCCACAGCCCCCCCAGUUAUGACAGGGCAGAGGGUGGGUGCAGCUCCUUUGAACCCAAGGUUACCAUCUCCACUUUUGGCUCUAUCAUGCGCAUAACCUCUACUGGUGGCUUGGGUGGGGCCACCAAGUUGCGGAAGGUGUCGACUGGGGAAUACAAACUGACCAAACCUACCAGCAAGUUGCACCAAGCUACACCCCCCAUCUUAGAAGAGCCAGACCCUCUGGAUGCACCACCGUCACUCCCAGCCCGCGAACGAAGGCACCGUGGAACCAAGAAGAGCCGCCAUGGUCCAGGUCGGCCAAGGGGGAGCAAGAACCGGGAGGGACGUGAAGGCAGGGGUGGAGCUCACCACCACACUCCCCUACCCUUACCAGCUACUCUUUAUCCCGCACCACCCACCCUGCCCCGCACUGCCUACCCAACUCCCUCAACUGUCACCUCCUGCAACCCCUAUCCCACUGGGGUCAGUGACUCACUGUUAAGCUCUGGCAUUUAUACAAGUAACAAGGAUCCACUGUCUUUGGGCAGUGGUAUGUGCAGUGCCCCUCUCUCCUCGGGACUCCUGUCUUCCCAUGCCUCCUCACUCCCACUGCCCCCGUCCACCUCUGCACCCAACACACAGGUGUAUUCGUUCCCUGGUUCCUCAUACAAUUUGAGUUCCAGUCGGGUGUUUGGCAGUGCCCUCUCCACAGCUCCCUCACUUCCCCCUCUCUUAAGCCAGACCCAGAGCUCUGUUCCAGAGCCAGACCUAGAGGACUGUCGCUUUGUCUGUCAAAGCAAUUCUCCAAGAGAGAGCCUCUCCUCCCAGUCUCCCAUGAGCAGUCUACCACUGCUGUUUGACCAAAGGGAGGGAGUGGGUGCGGGGGCCAGAGUGCACCUGGACAAUGUCCCCCCUGCCAGCUCCCACAUUGAGCUUUUGCUGGAGAAACAUGGGAAUGGAGAGAUGGGAGUCAACAUUGUGGAGAUGCUGAAGUCAUUACACUCCCUGCAGCAGGAGAACCAGCGACUUCAGGACCAGAUUCUCUGCCUGACAGCCAAGAAGGAACGCCUGCAGCUGCUUAAUGUGGAGCUGGCUGUACCCUUUCCUCCACCAGCACCCCCAUCCUCAAGUGCUGCCACUUCCUCUACCCAGAUCAGCUUCCUCUCCUCCACUCACGAUGCCCUCAACACAAGCAAGAGUCCCCCCUCCAAGACUUGCUUCUUCAAUGACAAUGCUGUCACAGCCUCUUCUGAGGAAAUCCACUCUGGUUGUCCAUCCCGCAGUAGCUCCUCACUCUCCUUCCAGAGCACUCCACCCCCCCAGCAGAGCCCUGCCUCUCUUGGACAACCAUUGGUGAAUGGGCUGGGAAGGGGACUGAGUGGUGGGUUGGGGAAUGUCAGUCAGGCCAGCAAUACAGCUCUUCCUUUGGUGGGUGGACUAAUGGCCAGUCUAACAGGAAGUCCACAAUUGUCCAUGAAUGGAAUAUUGGGUAGCCUUAAUGGAGUGAUCCAUUCGCCCACCCAAAACCCCACCCAGCCCUCACUGCCAGCUGUACCACCACAGCCUCCUCCUCUCCCUCCACAGGCCUUGACACAAAGUGUGCAGAUCCCUAACAACCUAAGCGCGUCAACUCUCCUCACUGAGCAGCAGAAACAGCUUCUCCUCCAGCAGCAGCAGCAGCAGCAGCAGCAGCUCCAGCAGUUCCUCACCUCCCAGCACUUCACCGCGGAGCAGCAGGUGGUGGUUUAUCAGAUGCUCCAGCAUCAGAGACAGCGGGAACUACAACGCUUCACGCUAGCCAGUGCUCUCAACUCUACCUCUGCUGCUCCCCUGGGCAAUGCCAUGAUUACUCAAUCCCCCAGCCUGCUGCCUUCAGCAACUGCCUCACCACUGCAAGGUGGCCAGGGCAACCCCUUCUUCAAUAUGCAGGAAAGCACAUUGCACAAGGCCGGGGUAGGGGGAGAGAAGGGCGGGGACAAGAGCUGAUGCCAUCACUUCCUAGCAGGGGAAGAGCAGAGACUGGAGCCAAGAGGAAAACCCUGGUUCUGAGAUGUCCGAUCAUAAGCAGAAACUGCAUGUUUUCAGCAUCUAAGACACACUGUAGUGACAUUCAUCCUUUUAGGUUGUUUCUGUCACUCUGUCCAUCCAUGUCUCUGUCAUUCUUAACAGCUUAUUGAAACCAACUUACCACUAUUUUGGUUUUGCUGAACCCUAGCAAUGACACGGACCAACAGAUAACAGUCAGAUUACAUAUAACAGUAGGGCUGAGUGUCUUGGUGUACCUACAGAUUAUUAGCAAAUAUUCAAGAGCAAAGAGGAUGUCUGCAUGUAACUCAUCAUUCUGAUUGCUUUAAUUAUGUCAUUAGUGGUGUAGAUGGAAUGAAUGCUACAAACCUUCAUGUUCAAGUCCUCUUCAUUUCUCUACCAGUGAGAGCACAACAGCACUCUGUCACUGAAAAACCCACCUUUAUCUUCCCUAAAAGUAAGCAAAUUCACUGGGCAACACCAAAGACAUCAUCACAAGUGUGAUAGAGUGGUGGGGAUACUCUCUACAUCAGCUCCAGGGAUAUACUGUAUAUUCAACACACAGGGCUUUUAAUUGGUAGCGACACUAUGGAAAGCUGUUGGCUCAGGAGCAGAACUCCUCUCCCUUAUUAAAAUUGGGCAGGUUGUUGAUCUGUCUAAAGGGCAUUUGUCCCAUCAGAGCACUUGCAGACCUACGUCACAUGCAUUUUCAUACACUUUUUCACAUAUGAAGAAGGACAGGAAACUGUACAUGUAUAUAACAUUCAUUUGUUUGAUCUACAUGUUUGUGGAUGCCAGCUCUGAUUAAUUCAUAGCCAUCUCUUAUGGACAUAUAGGACGCCUUUAACAUGGUAUACAAAUUCUAGCCUAUGACCUUCUGAUGGAUCACUUAGCUAUCUCGGUUCUGUCCUUGAGAUAUAUAACAUAGUUUCUGUAUUAAAUUACUGUGCACAAUGUUCCAUCAUGGCACUACUAAUUGUGUAUUCCUAUGAGCAGUGGGCUUGUCAGCAAGUUUAAUAGUGUCAGUCACAGUGAUCUAUGCACCUUUUACUAAUGAUUGAAUUGUAAAAAAAAAAAUCACAUGAUAUUGGCAAAGGUUCUAGCAAUUACUUUUUUCCAAAAACGUAUAAAGAGAUUAUGGGAAAGUGUUGUACAUCAUUCUUCAACCAAAUAGAUUCCUUUGGAGGAUCUUAAAUGAACUCACCCCAAUAACUCCCUCCCUCCCAAGAGGACUGUGCAUUACCAGUGCACAUACCACUGAAUUAAUUUUUCAAUCCAUCUGUUUGAGACAAGGCUAGAAUUCAAAUACAUGUGAUUCAGGUUCACAUUGUGAAUGCAAAUGAAUUAUGUUAUAUGUGAAAGCCUUGUGUAUGUGUAACAUCUUAUCUUCAUCACUGUGGUUUUUGAGAAUAGUUCCUUGCAGAUAGAUGUUCUGUGGAGCAUAUAUUGUUGUAUAUGAGGUGUUAUUGUACUGCAAACCAGGAUGGAUCUGUGUGUCUGUGGGGUUAUCAAUACACAUGCAUACACCCAUUAUUUACCAAAUGAUGCUUUUGGUUGUUUUUAGUGCUGCCAGUUCUGCUCAUCUCAGUGUUGUGCAAUAGUUUCCUGUUUGAGUUAGUGGAGCUGACCACCAACUCCUUUCAAAAUUACACAUAUAAUGUUUAAUAAAACACACACUUUAAAAUACUCAUACACCUCUGUGGCCUGAAGCUUUAAAUAGCUGUGCUUCAGAGUCAUUGAACCAUUGUGCUGUGUAGUUAAGUAGAACAGCCUCAGACAAGGUUGAAUUCUCAGAUGCCAACUGUUGUAAUUAUUUCCUUUUCAUUUGUAGUCAUGCUGCAUGUAGUUUUUCCUCUCCCACCAGGACCCAGCUAUUCUCACAGGAAAGAUUUAUGUUAGUAUGGAACAUGCCUCCUUUUCUGUUCAUGUUAUUUAUAGCAAUCUCAGUAUUUCACUGAAUUUCCCCCUUUUUGUCCAUUAGGCCUGCCUCCCAGUCAUAUGUGUUCAUAUGCUGUACUCUAGACAAGCACUGAGGCAUGUCAGAUUCAAUCCUCCAGUAGGUAGGAUGGCAGCCAAUAGCUAUUUUCCUCUGAUUUCCCCUUUAAUAAGGAAUUAAUGUGGGCCAUUUCAAACAAGUUCAUGGACAAUUAGAAACUAAGGAAUAAUGUUAGGAAACAGGAAAUCUGUUGAAAAUCUCACAGCAUUUCCCCUUUUCCAUAUAGAAUGCAGAGAAAAUUGGAAAAUGCAUUGCAUAGCAGAUGGUGUUAUUAAUGUAUUAUUAUUUUUUUAAACAUUAUUUCUUCAUAUCGCUGGAUAUUUAUUGAAGCAAUGCAGGUUAGAUACCUUACUCAAAGGUACAACAGUAAUUGAACCUGCAAAUUUUUGGCUGUAGGCUCUACAUAGUAGCAUCGCAUUGCAUACAGCCCUGUCUUCCAUUCACCCAUACAGCUUACACAACAUUGCAUGAAAAGUAUGGAAUAUGCUGAAGACAUUCUCUAUAGAAGUUGUACAUUUUCAUGAACAAAAUUAGAAGGAAAAACUUUCCUUUAGUGAAGUGACUGUGUGAACACAGGGGAGAAAAGGAAUCAGAAGAUAUUUCUUUAUAAGUUGCACUGGGGCACUUUGGCCCAAUUUAAUGUUUUUAUUCUAAUGAAUUUUCUAAAUAUUCUUAUGUGUGUAUGAAUGAUCAUGUGUAUACAUACAGGCACACACAUUUUAUGUUUCACAAUCAAGGUAACCAAGGUAAUACAAGUAGAUAUGUUGUCCUGUGCAUCUUCAAUAAAGAUUUAAUAACCUGUCUUUUAUUGGGGGAUCUUAGAGGUUUCAAGUAGAUGACAUAGGAUACAUGGUGAAUUGCUGAGAAAUCUUUUGCAACACUGUCGCUAAAUACUGAGUUUAGACUAUGCAUAGUUUUCAAAUGUGUUGUAUUCUGAAAUUUUAAAAAGUAAAGACAUGUU